AAACAGUAUGCGUAACUUGAUCGUGAUACAGGUGUUAAAAUUUUCACAAUUUCUUGAAUAAAACUACAUAUUUCCAAUAAAAAAAUAGUGAAGAGCACAAAAGACAAAACAGUUUAUUGAAAUAAUGUAAAAUCUUAUAAGUGGAUUAUGGAUUUGGAUUGAAAUUGAGUUUUUAUUAAAGUGGCAGAAAUUUUCACUUUGCGAAAGAAUGUAUGUGUGUGCCUUUUAGUCACAGAGGUGAUUAAAGUAGUAGCAGUUUCUGUUUUUUUUCUUAACCACAAAUACCAAUGUUUUUGUAUUUGCAAUCCAAAGUACCGCUAUAAACAGAGAGCAAACUAAAAACAUAAACAAAUUUGCGAACCGACCACAUUGGGUGGGAGUGGGACUUAAAUUGGAAUAAACAAAACGAAAAUAUAUAUAAAUUGUGGCAAAAUGUAUGGUGAAUGGGUUUCUCUAUCGGCCCAAAUAGCUGCAAAUAGCUGUGGGGCUCAAAGUCACAGUGUUCUAAACAAAUUUCCAGCCAGCUCAGCUCGUGAGGUGACUGCGUCAGUGGUCAAACAGUUGGCCACAAACUUAGGAAUUACUCAGAAUGCAGAGCCGAGUCAUUUGGUCAAAGAUGAAGAGGUUAACUGGUGUAUGGAUGUGAUUUGUUUUGGUCUCUCAUUGCCUCUGCAGGAGCAUGAGACUAUCAAGGAUUGUGUCAAUGUGUAUUGCGAAUGGAUGACUGCAUUGCAUCCUCAAGCGAAAAUAAGUGUUCCCAAGCCCAUAUGUGAAGAUGCCAACAUGUAUUGCCGCAAAAUCAUAAACCACUUUCAUAAUUUGUUUGUGCCACGUAAUGGAGAAAUCUUACCAUUUAUAUAUCACAAAGAGCUUGGCAUUGACACUAUAAAUCGGCAGGCGGUAUUAUGUCAUCGUGUUCUAAGGACCCUGCAACAGACCGCACAAAUAUCCCAAACAAUUGAUAGGGAGACCUGGGAGUCUUUGUUGUUAUUUCUUUUGGCUAUAAAUGAAAUUUUACUAGCACCACCUACAAUCAAAGAUGAUGUAGGCGAUCAAUUGUGUGAGAGAGUCUUACAAGUGCUUUUCGAAGUUUGGCUGCUGUCAUGCGUGCGUUGUUUUCCCUCACCCUCACUAUGGAAGACAUUGCAAGAAUCAUGUGCUAUGUGGAGGCAUCGCGUGGCUUUGGUGGAUCAAUGGAAUCGUGUAAGCUUGGCGCUAACAGCACGUCUAUUGGAGUUUACAUAUGGUUCAGCUUUUCCAGAAUUGAAAAUUUCUGACGAAGAUGCCCAACUUAUACCAGCCGGCAUGACAAACGAUUGCGUUGCCCAGACUUGGUAUAGGUUUUUGCGUACCAUUGGUAAUCCAACUGCUUUAUGUUCACCCCAUAUUAUAAGCAAAUCAUCACACUUUGUGCAAUGGGCUUUGAUACAUGACAAAGGCACUGAAACAUAUCAACAUCCUUGCCUUCAGGCUCUUCCUUUGAUUUUCCUAAAGGCCAUAAAGGGUAUAUCAAAUCAAGUAGAUGCUUUCUUGGGCAUUUAUGUAGCACCUCAGCGCUCAGCCGAAGAUGGUAUAACUAAUUUGAUGGAUAUACGAUUUGCCUUAAAUGAAGCUACAAUGAGCAAUACUGGCACGGGUAAUCCAUCGCAUCAUCAUCAUCAUAGUUUCUUUCAUCAUCAUGGCAGUAUUAGUAUACACUUAAACAGUAGUAAUGCAGCAAACAGCCAACAACAGACAACAUCGAAUAGUUUGGCAAUGGCUCAACAGCCGCAUCAUCAGCAUCAGCAACAACAACAACAACAACAUACACAAUCCCAUUUACAUAGUUUCAUAAGUGGAUCAGCUAGUUCAGCCCUAAAUGCUCUAAUGGGUCAUCAUCAUCAUCACAAUCAUCAUCAUAAUACUGUUACGGCCAGCAGCAGCAGCAGCAAUGUACCACCUCUGACAUUGGGAACAGCCAUGGCCAAUGCAAUGCAAGCUAAUACCUCAACGCCGGCUAGCGGCAGUCAAUCGGCUGGAGUUUUGGGCUCAAUAUCAUUUGGUUUGCCCUCUGCUAGUGCCAGUGGUGGUGGUGGUCAAGAUCAACAACAGCUGCAUCAGUACCAGCAGAAUUUACCGCAUUCACCAACGCCACCAUUGCAAAGGCGUUUGGCUAAAAGUUUUAGUGUAGCCCCCAAUUUGACACAACAAAAGGGCUUAAGCAAAUCCUCUCUCAUUGGCUUAACUACAUCAAGAUCUUCAACAAGCGCAGCACCAGCACCACUAACUCCCACCUCUGGACCACCAUCCAGCAGUAGUUUAAACUCCAUGCCAUCUUUGGGCUCAGAACACAGACCACCAUUGGCAGCGGCAAGGCCCAAGUGUAAUAGCAUUUUACAUCUGUUUGGCGAAUGGUUAUUUGAGGCUGCCCAUAUAGGGGGUGAUGCCUGGCUAAUGAAUACAAAAAAACAAGCUUCAGAGGCCAGUAAAAGGCCCUCCUCGAUGAUUAUGGAGAAUCGUAAGGGUAGCAUAUCCUUAUCGCAGCCAAAUUCUUUAAAUGAUCCCUCGAGUUUGCCACCCACCUUGACCAUUGACAAAUAUGAGUCUGGUCGAGCUGAAGCCAUUGGCACUUUGUGCAAAAUUUUUUGUGCCAAAAAGACCGGCGAGGAAAUUCUACCAGUGUAUUUGGCUCGAUUUUAUAUGGCUCUGCAGCAGUGCCUGAAAAUUACCGAAUCCAAAGAGUGUGAUGAAACCCUGGCCAGUAUUUUGCUAAAUUCUGCAGAUCUAUUUCGUUUGGACUUGGAUGGCAUACAUGUUUUGUUGCCCUCCUUCAUUGCGGCCUUGGAAAUUGUUUUACCCGCCAAAGAUCUGAAGAUAAAAACACAAGCUAUGCAAUUUAAUAAAACCGAACUGAGGCGUUCGGCCAUACAGAUAUUGCUCUCGAUUUUAACUUUACCUUUGCAUUUUCAAACUCUGCCCAUUAGAGAUUUAACCAAUGAAACAUCGGAAAAAAUUGUCACAUUCAUACAGUUGAAGCCACGCUUAAUCAAUAUUCUAAUGAAUGCCUUGCAAGUGGAAACCGAUGCCCAAAACACUCACAUGUUAUUGGGUGGACUCUUGUUAACCGUUCAAGAUGCAGUUACUUUUGAAGAUAGCGAAUCACUGGCUACAGAACAUCAUAAUAUACAUGGUGGUUCUCCCUCCCCAGGCCAUCAUGGUAAUUCCGAAUCGAAUAUAUUGAGUUCAGCUUGUUCGGAACGAUCAGCUUCCAUAGCAAGUGUUGGCAAUUCUAGUCUAGGUGCCCACAGUAAUGUCACCAUUGGCAAUUCCGUUGCGGCUGGUUCAACAGCGGCCGAUUCAUAUCAUGGUUCAGGCACACUCAAUGCUCGUGAUAGUGCAUCUCAGCAUGAUUAUCCCAGUUUAACGUUUUUCGACGAUUUGCCAUUGGAAGCAUUACAUGAAUAUGAAACAGCCACGGGUUAUGAUAAUGCCCAUGCCUUGUUCGUCCAUGCCACAUACUUGGUAUGUCAUCGCUUGAUUUCUUCGUGGAGAACGGACUUGAACGUUUCCUUGGCUGCCUUGGAAUUGCUUUCGGGUCUGGCUCGUCUUUUUAUACGUGAUACCGCUCGGAAAUUUACUAACGAAACUUUAGUUAAAAUUGAAGAACCAAGUCAAAAUCUUACGAUAAUUUCCACAGACGCCUUGGAAUGCAAGCGAGCCGUUAAAUGGAUUUGCGAUUAUAUAUGCUAUCAGUGUUCGAGACCGCCACAGGCCCAUAGCAAGGAUCUGCACAGCACUAUUGUGGCCGCAUUCCAAUGCACAUCGGCCUGGUUGAUGCAACAUCCCUACUUGUUGCAGGAUAAGGAUUGCUUGCAAACCGUAUUAGAGGUGGUUGAAUUGGGUAUAUCCGGCACCAAGAGUAUUGGCAAAUCCGGUGAUAUACCAAAGUUUAAAGAUGAAAAGGAAUUGAAACCAGCUUCUAUGCGUGUUCGUGAUGCUGCUGAGGCUUUGUUGACAAUCAUUCUGGAACAAGUUGGUUAUUUUCCCAGUGAAUGCGGUCCCGAGUCAAUAUCAUCGCUAUUGGAUGAGGUCGCUUUGAUGAAGCAUUGCAAUUCAUUGGACGCCACAAAUGGUUCUUCAAUUUCAACUGAACAUGCCAUAUCGAAGUUUAAAUAUUUCGUUACGGAAAACUCAACGAUAUUGGCUUUGUUGGAGGAGCCCUUGGGCAAUGAUCAGGAUCCGCAGCCAACUGUAACAUUGUUAAUACGCGGUCCAUUUGGUCGUCAUGCUUGGACCAUGCAAUUGAGGCAUUUACCACGAAGUAAGUCUGGCACAAAAUAUCACGCUGUCAACCCUGGACGUCCCAUACCAAUGAACGAGGUACCCCAGCGUAUAGAGUUCGAUCAGAAACAUUUCCCCGAAGGUGUUGAAAAGGUUACACCAUGUGUUGCUGAUUUCUCCAUACCGACAUUCGAACAGAUACGCGAACAAUAUGGCACGGAAAGUAUUAAACAAUUGGAGACCAUGUUGGAAAAUCAAACUAUACACGAAAAGUUAGCAUGGGCUGAGACUGAUAAUAGUUCGGAUUCUCUAUCACAUGCCCAGGAGAGUGUACCACCCACAGUGUGUCAUGAAUUUCAAGCGGCACGUUUAUUUUUAUCACAUUUUGGUUUUCUCACAUUCGAAGAGAGAAAUCCCAACAGUCCUGCUGAGAGUUUAGGUUCUCCCCCCCAGAGGCCUUUGAUUGUCUUGGAUACCAAGAGAACGAAUUUUGCCGCAGAACUGAACUCUUUGGAUAAGUUAAGUGCCCGUACCUAUGAUACUGUGCAUGUUUUUUAUGUUAAAGCUGGACAAUCUACGGCUGAGGAGAUUGUGGGCAAUAUGAAUGAGGAGAAUUUGCGCACAUUGGAUCCACAUUUUGGCAAUAUGUUGAUGACUUUGGGCUGGCCUGUUAACAUAAAGGAACAUUCUGGUUGGUCCGGUCUGGUUAGUACUUCUUGGUUCUUAAAAUCCAACACAACGAAAACGGAAGACAAAACUCAUAAUCACCAAUUACCGAGCGAUAUGAGAUUUAAUGGAGAAAGCAAAGUUUUGUAUUGGGCUGAUGUUUCAUCGGAAAUUGCCUUUGUGGUGCCAACUGAAUGGAAUUUACAUUCGGACAUUGAUGGUUGCUGUCAUUCCUCCAGCGGUGAUUCGGCAAAUGUUUGGUCUAGGACAUCUGUGGAUGUCACCAACUUAAAUGAGGCAAAUAAAAACUCUACACAACGCUCGCGAAAUCUUUCUUUGGAAUUGGAUAAAAACAAGGAUCCCAUACCUCCCACCCGGCGUAAGGCAAAUGCCAUGAAACCGGCAUUGCUGUCGCAGCCACCAGCUAAAAUUUUCUUGGUGUGGUUAGAAUCAUUUGAGGAUCUAUUGAGUUUCCCUAUAGAGGAAUUGCUACCCUAUACUAAGACAGGAGAGGAGGCCAAUAUAUUACAACUUCCCAGAGCUGCAGAUGUUCAUGUGAUUUUCAUACACGCUCUGCAAUCAGGCUUGCUUAGGGUUAAAUUGCAGGGUCCACCAGGACGCAUGAGCUUCGCCACACCCCUGGUCGAUGGCAUGGUGCUGAGUAGAAGGGUCGUUGGCAAUCUUGUGCGACAAACCGCUCAUAAUAUGGCCAAGAGAAGGCGUCUGGACAAUGAUAACUUCCAACCUCCUCAUGUAAGACGCCGCUUAAAGGUCCAAGAUAUUGUUCAAAAAUACAAAAUGGAUUUAUCAGAGCCCGAAUUGUUGGCUCAUUUAUUUAAGUCUUCAUUUUGAAUGCAGUAUUCACACUUUAUACAUCCCCUUAUAUAAUCCUAAUAUUAACUAUUUAUUUAUUUUUUUUUUAAUUAACAACAUAUACACAAGCAUAUACUUUUAAAGUAUACUUACAUAGAGAUAAUUUUAUUAAUAUAUAUUUUCCUUGGUUUUGUGGAUCAUUGUUGUCUCUCUACUAUGAUAGUCUGAUAAGUACAUUUGUUAUAAAUACUCCAAUACUAAUUUUAGUAUUAAU